CCUCUCUCUCCUCCCCCCCCCCCUCCCUCCUCUUUCAUUUUGCCCUCCCCGCGCUGCCCUCCCUUUUCUUGUUACUCAGCAGCAUGACCGACCCGGAGGCGCCCAUCUCGACAUCGGAGCUGGUUGACUGGCUCGGUGGAAGGCCGACCGACCGGCUGGCGGCCAUCGACAUCGAAGACUGGGAUCUGGCCUCGAUCAGCCGCUCGGCUGUGGACCUACUCCGUGGCGAUGACCCCGUCUAUGUGUUGGCCCCGAUGGUCCGAUACUCUCGGCUACCCUUCCGGGAGCUGGUCCGCGAGUAUGGCGUGCACAUUGCCUACACGCCGAUGAUCAUCUCCGAUGCCUUUGCCCAGUCGCAAGUGGCCCGUGACAUCCAACUGUCCAUUUCCAAGAAUGACACCCCCCUUGUGGUGCAGUUUGCGGCGUCCAACGCCGCGGACUUUGCCAAUGCCGUGGCGCAUGUGGCCCCGUAUGUGGCCGGGGUAGACCUCAACUGCGGCUGCCCCCAGUCUUGGGUGAUGCAGUGUGGCUACGGGGCCCGGCUGCUCCGCACGCCGGAGCUCAUUUGCGACAUGGUGCGCGCGGCGCGUGCUCUCCCCGGACGGGCGAGCACCGUGCCAGUCAGCGUGAAGAUUCGCAUUGACGAGGACCUGGCCCAGACGGUGGAGCUGGCCCGGCGGGCCGAGGCGGCCGGGGCCGCGUGGAUCGCAGUCCACGGGCGCCUGACCCCGCAGCGGUCUUCUACCCCACCGAAUUUGGACGCCAUCCGCCUGGUGAAGGAAUCGGUCUCCAUCCCGGUCAUCGCCAAUGGCGACGUGGAUUCCCUGGCGGCCGUGGACACCAUCCGACAGCAGACCGGGGUCAAUGCCUUCAUGUCGGCACGGCCACUGCUCACCAACCCGGCCCUCUUCCGAGGAUAUGACUCGACGCCGGUCGAGUGCGUGCGCCGGUAUCUGGAACUUGCCGUGGCGUACGGAGCCUCCUUCGACACGAUGCAGCACCACGUCAGCAAGAUGAGCGAGCAUCUCUUCUCGGCAUCCGAACGGCGGUACAUGCACUCGCUGACGACGACGGCCGGGGUGGUGGAUUUCUUUGAGGACUACGUCAGCAACUUCUAACAUGGAGAGGCGUACGCGCGGCGCGUGAACACGCACACAGGCGUGCGACAAAGAAAGUGAAAAAGAACAAAACAAUAGACAACCGCCACACUCACA